CACCACCAUGUCCUUCCGUCCGGUCUUCUCUCAGGCUACCCCCCUCGCCGCCACCCUCCUGGCCGGUGGUGUCGCCCUCUAUCCCCGGCGCACCGCGUUUGCCGAAGAACCCCGGGACCAGCGGAAACCCAUCUACGAUGAUCUCUCCGACGUCGUCUCCCCCGUCGCUCCCCCCCCCACCCUCCCCGUCGAGCUCCCGACCAAGUCCGCCGCUCCCGCUCCCGCGUCCUCCGCUCCCACCCCCACCGACAUCCUGACCGCCCAGGUCCGCCAGGCCCGUGUCUUCCUCUACAAGAACUCCCUCGCCGCCGAGACCUGCUUCAACGACAUCCUCGCCCGCGCCCUCAACGUCGAGAACGCCUUCACCAACACCGUCGCCGCCCUGGCGCCCUCCCCGGAGUCCGGCGAGCGUCUCCUCCCCGGCGGCGCCUACGUCGUCGUCGCCGCCAUGGCCGGCUCCAUCGUCGCCCGCAACCGCGGCAUCAUCCUGCGCUCGGCCUCCCCGCUGGCCUUUGGCACCGUCGCCGCUUGGUCCUUGCUCCCUGUCACCAUGCGCAACGUCUCCGACCUCGUCUGGGAGUACGAGAAGCAGGUCCCUGCCGUCGCUGAGCAGCAUCUCGCCCUGCGGAACAAUGCCCAGCACAUCUGGUCCACUGGUCUGGCCCACAGCGCCAUGACCCGUGCCAUGAUGGAGGAGAAGAUCGGGGACGUCCGGAAGAAGUUGGAGGAGGUUGUCAGCAAGGGUCAUUAACUGUCUACCUUCUUCUUCUUCCUCCUUCCUCUCCCAUCUCUCUCUCUCCCUCCCUCUCUCUGUCUACCUGUCUAUCUCUCCUCGCUCUGCUCCCGAUCUGUGGAUUUCCUCUGUUAAAACAACCCCUCGGUUGACAUUUCUCUCUCCCUGUUUAGCGGAUGUGCGGGUCGUUGUAUCCCGUUGUUUCUAUCUGGUUCCUUUGGCAUUAUCUGUACUCUACAUUUAGAUCGGAAGGAUUCCUUGAUUUUUC